GUGGGAGCGCUGUGGUAGCCCCGUGGACUCAUGGGAAAUGUAGUGCGAUUGUCUGCAACAUGGCGGCUCCCAGUAUUACUAUGAACAUCAAUCAUAAAGGUGGCUUAAAACUCAAUAAAAUCGAGAAGAAGUUCUUAAGGAAACAGAGUAAAGCCAGGCAUGUGUUGCUGAAACAUGAAGGCAUCCAGGCAGUGUCUUAUCCCACCCAGAGCCUGGUUGUUGCCAAUGGUGGUCUUGGUAAUGGUGUGAGUAGGAAGCAACUGCUUUUGGCUUUAGAGAAAUGUGGACCCAUGGAAGCUCUCCUGAUGCCACCUAAUAAGCCUUAUGCAUUUGCAAUAUACAAAACUAUUGAAGAAUCCAAGAAAGCCUAUGCUAUCCUCAAUGGAAAAGAAAUCAUUGAUGAUUUGGGGCAGAAGAUCAUUCUGUACUUGAAUUUUGUGGAAAAAGCACAAUGGAAAAGAAUGAGGCUUCAAGCCUUACCUCCAGGCCUCUUGGUGGUAGAAGAAAUUAUUUCUUCUGAGGAUGAGAAAAUGCUUCUGGAAAGUGUUAAUUGGACAGGAAACACAGGUGAUCAGAAUUUUCAGAAGUCCUUAAAACACAGAAGAGUUAAACAUUUUGGUUAUGAAUUCCACUAUGAGAACAAUACUGUAGAUAAAGAUAAGCCCUUACCUGGGGGUAAUCUUCCUGAUAUUUGCAAUAGCAUUUUAGAGAAAUGGUUGAAAGAAGGUUACAAACAUAAACCGGAUCAGUUGACCAUAACAUAUGAGCCUGGACAUGUAGGAAUUCCUGCCCAUAUUGACACACAUUCUGCAUUUGAGGAUGAGAUCAUUUCUCUCAGUUGGGGCAGAGAAAUUGUUAUGGAUUUUAAACACCAGGUGUCACAGUACAUUAUGUUGCCUCGUCGGAGCUUGAGAGUUCUACAUCUUGAUCUGCAGUAUAUUCAAACACAUGGAAUUACACCCAGAAAAUUUGAUACUGUCCAAGCAUCUGAGCAGUUCAAAGGUGGAAUAAUCACCAGUGACAUUGGAGACUUGACUUUAAGCACGGGAAUUCGAACAUCAUUUACGUUCAGGAAAGUAAGGCGUAUGCCCUGCAAUUGUAGUUACUCCUCGGUCUGUGACAGACAGAGGAAGGCCACACCUCCCUCCCUUCCAGAGAGUAGUAAAGAAGCAUGGCAGCUGGAGCGAGAGCAUGUUCAUCAUGUAUAUGAUUUGAUUGCAAGACACUUCAGCAGCACAAGGCACAGCCCAUGGCCACGCAUCGUGGAAUUCCUGAAAGCUUUGCCAAGUGGUUCUAUAGUGGCAGAUAUUGGAUGUGGAAAUGGAAAGUACCUUGGCGUCAACAAGGAGUUAUAUAUGAUUGGUUGUGAUCGUAGCCAGAACCUUGUGGACAUUUGUAGAGAGAGGCAGUUUCAGGCCUUAGUCUGUGAUGCACUGUCAGUUCCAUUCCGAAGUGAGUCUUUCGAUGCUUGCAUCUCCAUUGCUGUCAUUCACCAUUUUUCAACUGCUGUGAAACGUAGAGUGGCAGCUCUCCAAGAACUUGCCCGUCUCUUGAGACCUGGUGGGCAGGCCCUUAUAUAUGUCUGGGCAAUGGAACAAGAGUAUAAAAACCAGAAGUCCAAGUACCUUAAAAGGAGCAAAACUAGCCAAGAAGAUAAAGAGGAGAUAAACAGUGCCACAACCACUGCAGGACUACUCGUAAAUCAGACGCCUGACGGAGGCAGUGAAGACCAAGCAUCAUCUGCCACCACUAAUAACAUCCAAGAGGGAGAAUGUACGCCAAGAAAAGUUCCUAGUUCUGAGCUUCCUGUUCAUACAAACAGGACUUCCUUUCACUCCCAAGAUGUGCUGGUUCCUUGGCACUUCAAGGGAAACCCUAGUAAAGACAAAGAUGUUGAGCAUUUGGGUAGCAGGAUCCCCUGACCCAAGUCCGUGUUUCAUCGUUAUUACCAUGUUUUCUGUGAUGGAGAAUUGGAGGCUUCCUGCCAGGCUGUGGGUGAUGUUAGCAUUCUGCAGAGCUACUAUGAUCAGGGGAAUUGGUGUGUUGUUCUUCAAAAGGUCUGAUCAUUUAUCUGAACAUAUCAGGUGUAAAAGGAAAAAACUGCCUAUCUGUUUUUGAGAAGGAGGGUAAAUUAUCCCUUUAAUUAGUGAGGCAACUUGGGGGACAUUACCAAAGGAGAGCUAAGAGCAGAGAUUACUUAGGUAACAUUCUGUCUGCUACUAUUGACUGACUUCAUUAACGUAGGUUCCUCUUACAUGCCUUCUAAGUAUGGUGUUUAAAAGUGAUUGGCUUUAACUUGUGAAAGGCCUGUGAUCUUUGUAUAAGUGUGCAGCAUUUUGAAGAUAAGCUUUGUUAUAAAGUGUUUAUAUAUA